GCUCCCUCAGUUCCGUUUAAAGAUGCUGCGUCUGCUGAUCUUCCUGGCAGUGAGUAUCCUGGGCUGCCGGACAGAGUGCAAUACCUGCAAUUCGAACUAUGUGUCCUGCAUCUCGCGGACCGAGUUCCAGUUCUGCUCCACCGGAACCACUCCGCUGCCCAUCGGAGACGUGUACACCUGCCCCUCCGGAUACUACUGCUCAGCGGGCACACCUGUUUGCAGCUCCUUGGAGUCCUCUGUAACUUGUCCAGGUUGCAAUACUUGUAGCACUGACAACCGCUUUGCCUGCACCAGCCGAAAUACUUUCGCCUUGUGUCUGGGGCAACCCACCCCCAGCACAUCGAUCGGAGGAAGUUGCGGUACGGAUUUGGUGUGCAGCUUGAGCAACGCAAACAUAUGCGGCAGUCCCGCCACAAAUACAGUGACCUGUUCCGGAUCGGAUUCGGGAACCUGUGGAUCCACGACCAUUUCAAAUGCCACCGAAUUUUGUGAAUCCAUCAAGCAGACGGGGAAAUUUCCCUACGGCAGGGUUACCUCCACCACCUGCAGGCAGUAUGUAAACUGUUAUAUUUCCGCUGGCAUAUAUUAUGGAAACGUGUACACCUGCCCUGGACACACUUACUUUGACAGUACCUCCCACCUUUGCACCACCCAAACGCAGGCCAGGUGCUCGGAUACUGUAUCUUGUUUGUCUCUGAACAGCAGAUUGUUGAUCUAAAGCUAAGAUGUUAAGGGAUAGAUUAUCUUUGUUAUAUUGUCACAGGGGGGAGGGAACCUACAAAUAAAAGAGGUGCAUUACAAAAGCAAA